AUGGCGCUCGGCAGGAAGCGCAAGUCAGAGAGCGUGUCAGCCGCUGGCGAAACCGAGACGCCUUCGAAGAGGGUUGCUAAGGGCAGUGCUUCUACCCCUGCCACUCCCGCGACCCCCGCCACAGGAGAGAAGAGAGGCAGAGGGCGCCCUCGCAAAUACCCCGUGGGCUCAACCCCUGUUCGCCCAGAAGGGCCCAAGAGAGGUCGCGGGCGUCCUCCCAAGGCAGCAACUGGCACAGCUACUCCAAAGGCGAAGGCAACACCCACGUCGAAUACACCCGGCAGCAGCUCACGGGGUCGGGGAAGGCCGAAGAAAUCUCCCGGCGCCAGUGACUCCACACCAGCUGCAGAUGGAAACACCGACCAAAACACUGGACGUUCUUACUGGCUGAUGAAAGCUGAACCUGAAUCUCGCAUUGAGAAAGGGAAGGACGUCAAGUUCUCUAUCGAUGAUCUGCGCGCCGCAAAGGAGCCAGAGCCGUGGGAUGGCGUCCGCAACCCCGUUGCACGGAAGCACAUGCAAUCUAUGAAAAAGGGAGACCUUGCUUUCUUUUACCACUCCAAUUGCAAGAUUCCGGGUAUUGCCGGUGUCAUGGAAAUUGUCCAAGAGCACUCUCCAGACGAGUCCGCCUUCGACCCGUCCCAUCCCUACUAUGACGAGAAAUCCAAGCGUGAGGACCCAAAGUGGUUUGUGGUUCACGUUGAGUUCCGGCGCAAGUUCGAUGAGUUGAUCACGCUGCAACAACUCAAGUCUCACUCCAGUGCCAAAGCACCUCUUGAGAACCUGCAGAUGCUCAAGCAGGGACGACUCAGCGUCUCGGCUGUGACUCCAAGUCAAUGGGAUUUCAUUAUGAGCCUAGUCAAAGAAGGAGAUAAGACCGGGUCGGCAGACGAUUCCUCCAAGGAAAACGAACCCGGCAAGGAGAAUGAAUCCGCAAAAGAGGACGAAGGCGCGGAGAAGACAGCAGAGGCUGCUGAGUGA